AUGAUCAAACUCGAUGUCAAUACUGAGGAGUCAGCGUCAAACGAAGAUCAUACCGAUACUACCGUUCAAAAAUUUUCGUGCGUUCUCGAGCACGGUGCUGGGGACGACAAGGCUCCCGUGGAGGUCGACAGAGCGCUCGUUCAAUCGAUGAAACCCCAUCAGAUCGAAGGCGUAAAGUUCGCUUACAAUACGAUCAUCGGAUCCGUCGCUCAUGUCCGUAGAGGCGGUAUCGGUUCCGGAGCCAUUUUGGCUCACUGUAUGGGAUUGGGCAAGACCUUCACAAGCAUCUGUUUCCUACACACAAUUCUGACCAACGAAAUUCUCAGUUCGCACAUUCGUAAAGUCAUUGUUCUCUGUCCAUGCAAUGUCGAACUCAACUGGGCGAAAGAAAUCAGGGAAUGGAUCGACGGGAACGACCGAGUUGAGGGAGAGAUCGAGACCCACGAGUUCCGUCACGCGAAGACCACUGGCGACCGCAUGGAAAUGCUCAGAUCGUGGCACGAAAAGGGAGGAGUCCUCAUCAUGAGUUACUCAAUGUUCAGGAUAAUGACCCAAAUGCAAUCGAAGCUGAAAGUACUGAGGCAGCGAAUACUUCUCAAUCCCGGAGCUGACCUCGUGAUUUGCGACGAAGGCCAUAUCAUCAAAAAUUCCAGAACUCAGCUUUCGAAGCUUCUGAAUUCAAUAAAAACGCGACGGCGACUCAUCUUGACGGGGACCCCUCUCCAAAACAACAUGAUCGAGUAUUAUUGCAUGAUGAAUUUCGUACGACCCGACUCGCUCGGUACCCGAGCGGAGUUCAACGAGCGCUUCGUGAAACCGAUCACGCUCGGCCAGGAGGCGGACGCCGACAAGAGUGUGGUGAGGAAGAUGAAAGCGCGAGUUCAUGUACUGAACAAAGCGCUCAGCGAGACCGUGCAUCGUUGUGACUACAGUCAUUUGGCCCCACAUCUACCGAACAAGAUCGAAUACGUGAUUUCAAUCCAUCUCUCAAAAUUGCAAACGAAACUGUACCGGCGGUAUUUACAAGGUAUUGGCUCGAGGAGGGUCACGAUCCGAGGAGACUCGCAAGGAAGCUUCCUCCAGGACUACCAUGUCCUGAAAAUGGUGUGGUCACACCCCUACCUACUGUUGGAAAGUGAGAAAAGACGAAAGAAGGCGAUCGAGGCGGACAGAGGCCCGGACGAUGCUUCCGGAACGGACUCCGAGUCCGAGAUCGACGCUACUGAAGAUUCCCGCAGCGAAGACUAUAGACGAGUCGUUCGGGCUUACGAAAGACGGAGUAAACGAAAAAGGAAUCGGAUAGCUGAGAGUUCGGAGUAUCGUUCAGAGGACGAUUCAUCGUGGUGGCGUCCUCACGUGGUCGGGAAAGUCGAGAAUCUAUUGAAACUGGAUCUCUCGUCGAAAUUCCAAGUCGCAAUGAAUAUUCUCAGAGGAUGCCAGCUCGUCAGGGAUAAAGUGAUCCUGUUCAGCACGAGUCUUCUCUCGUUGGACGUCUUCGAGCGGUAUUUGGAGCUCGAGCGGUAUUCGCGCAUGGGAGGAGCUCCCAAGCAUGCCGUUUCUCGACGUUGGGAGCGCGAUGUGGAUUAUUUUCGAAUAGACGGGAACACUUCCGUAGCAGCCCGUGAGAGAUACAUCGAUCAACUUAACGACUCGGACAACGAGAGGGCUCGCUUGCUUCUGGUGAGCACGAAAGCCGGCGGUAUCGGAACGAACAUGACGGGCGCCAAUCGAAUUAUCGUAGUCGACGUCUCAUGGAAUCCAUCUGACGAUAUCCAAGCGAUUUUCCGGACGUACCGUUUCGGCCAGAAGAAACCUGUCUACGUCUACCGUCUGAUAGCUCAUGCCACCAUGGAAGAGAAGAUCUACCACCGUCAAGUGGAUAAAUUAGCGCUAGCCUCGAGUGUCGUCGACAAGAAGCACCUCGAGCGUCAUUUCAAAAAAUCGGAUCUCAAAGCCAUGUACGAGUUCAAACCAGAGAAAAAAGACAAGAGAACGCUGGCCCUCCCGAAAGAUCGCGUAUUGGCGGAAACUCUGAUGAAUUGCAGAGGAGCCAUUCAGGCUUAUCACGAGCACGAUUCUUUCCUGCGCAAAGACGUCGAGGUCGAGCUGACCGACGCGGAACGAAAACAAGCUUGGCUGGAGUAUGAGCGGGAGCGACAGAGUGAAACAUUCCUGACAAACCCUAAUGUCAGAUCCACAAUAGGCUCCGAUUGUCAGACUUUUCGCGUCGCGGUAGCUUGA